AUGUAUCACAUUUACAUACAAAAUAAACGAAUAUGGCGCUCACUCACUCAUUGAAUUGAAAGAACAUAUAUAUAACGAGCGAAAUAUACAUUUGGUUAAUAAAUUUUAUUUUACCGCUUUAAUUAUUGUUCUUCUUUCAAAUAACGAUUUGAAUGAAUGAAAUCAAUUUAUCCCAAUCAAUUGAAUAAUCACAAGCGACAAAUUAACAUCAAUUAUCAUCAUGGAAGUUCCAAUCGAAUUUGAAUCAACAACACAGCCAACCACAUCAACAUCAACGAUAUUGGUGGCAACAAAUUCGAUAAAUGAUACUGAAUCAAUUGUAAUGGAUCUAUUACCAUCAUCGGCAUCACAACCAGAAUCAGAAACUAAUGAACAUAUAAUUAUUGAUACAGCAGUUACAGAUCCAACAUCAAUUCAGGUAAAAGAUUCUGCUGAAAUUGCAACCAUUUCGAAUACAAUAGAGAUUCCACCGGCACUCAUGUUGGAUUAUGGUGAAACAUUAACAUUUACUGGUGAAUAUAUGGAAAGUGAUGAUGGACAAAUAAUUGCAACAUUUCAAAAUGAAAGAGGUGAAAAAACUCAAAUAAUUGUACAAAGAUCAAAUGUUCCCAUUGAGAACAGUACCGCUGAAUUAUUGAUUGCUGCAAAUGACAAUGUUCAUCAAUUAGAAACGAUUAAUACGUUAAAUGUAGCUAUUGAUCCAACUUUUACAGAAUUGCCUUCAAAUAGCCACAGUGAAGCAAUUGUUGUUAUUGAUCAAAAUCAAUUUCCGAUUGAUAAUGUCCCAAAACAAGAUGUUGUUCCUACUACAAGUGUAGUAGUGCCGGAAGUUAAAUCAAUUGUCGAAGAAGUUUCAAAAUCAACGACAGUAAAGGAAAAUAUUGAAACAAAAAUCGAAAAUGAAUCCAUUUUGACGCCAACAAAAGCUACAACCGAAUCAAUAUUAAUCGGAGACAAAAUUGAAAAUGUAGAAGGUGAAAAAAUGCCAGAAUCUUCUUCGAAAGCAACAAUAAUUGUAAACAAUGAUAAAGAUCUCAAAAGUAUUGACAAUAAUAAAAUUUCAGCACAUACGUUGGCAUUAUCUCCAUCGCCGACAAAAACGGCUACAAUUUUAAAAUCGGAACCUCAAAUAAAUAAAAAAGCAACUAUUUCAGUGAAUAAAUCAAAAAAGCUGACAAAUGAAAGUUUAUUGAGACAUACUACAUUUAAUCAGACGAAUCAAUUGUCUAAAUCCUUAAAAACAUAUAGCAGAUCAAAUAUUGUCUGGUUGAACAUACCGGAAAAUAAAGAACAGACAAAAACUACAGAGGAAACUAAAUUAACCACAACAAUCGAGAUUUCUAGUGAUAAUCCGGAUGAUAAUGGAUCGUCAAAAAUGUGGUAUCCACGGACAAUAAAAACCAAAGAGCUUCCAACACUACCAUCAACAGCUAAAUUGAAUCAAAUUCAAACAUCAAGCAAAAUUGGCGGUGAAAUUGUUAAUAAAAAUAUCAUUAAUAAUAAAAUAUCGGAUAAGGUUAAAAUUACAAUGAAUAAUGAUGGUAAAGGCAUAAUAUCGGUCAAUUUUACUAAUAAGGCCGCAAUAAAAAGCGGAUCGAUUGAUUUUCAACAAAAUGCAAAUAAAGAUAGUGUUACAAACGAUGAUAAUCAAGAGCCUAUGAAAACACAAACCAGAUCUAUGAGACCACACAAUGAUUUACGAUCGACAAAUCAAAAACAAAAACAACAACAGGAUCAAUCAUCAUCAACGCCAUUACAACAACCAAAGAAAAGGGUCUCUUAUCGUAAUCUACCAUCACCGGUUAAUAAUCUUUCUAAAGAUGUUGAUGUUCCCCCCAUUGAUGACACUCAAAAAUCGAUUCAAGACAAUAAAUCAACAAAAUCUAUACCCACUACUCCACGUGCUCCGAUCACCGAGGUUCCGAAAAAUGUUGUCAAUUUUAAACGAAAAGAUCGUCGUUCAAGCCAAGAUUAUUGUGAUUAUCAAAUUGGAGAAAAACAUUUGAAAAUAUCUAUUCGAAUGCAACCGGAAUGUCGUGAUGAACCACUUUCAAAUGCAUUGGCUUGCGAUAUUUGUGAUUAUAAAACACAAAUUGUCGCUGCAUUUCAAUCACAUAAGAAUUGGUGUGCAAAUUUUCGAUCACAUCCGAAACAUUCUAUUUUAUCGCCAUCUAAAACUGUUCAAAAUUCUACAUCAACAAUAAAAAAUAACAACGAGGAAUCAAUCAAACCAUCUGCAUCAUCAUCAAGUCAAAAUGGUGGUAGUGGUAGAUUAUUGAGAAAACGUAAAGCACCUGAAAUUGAUGAUAUUAAUGAAAAGAAUAAAUUAGAAGAAAAAAUUGAAAAUAAUGACCACAAUGGAAUUGAUCCAAUCGAUGAAAAUGAUCAUACUUCUAUGAAUCAUGACCAAUCAGAUGAUGUAAAAAAUGUCAACAAUGGUGAAACCGAACAGGAAGAGGAAAAUGUUGAAGAAGAAGAAGAAGAAGAAGAUGAAGAGGAUGAGGAAGAUGAAGAAGUGAAAAAACUUGACGGCUUUUCCAUCAAAGAUAUUGUUUGGGUAGAAGUGAAAAGAAGAUCCGGUUUAUGGCCAGCAUUAAUUAUCGAUAUAUCGAUGAAUGAUCGAAAAUUGGUAUUAAGAGCUAUAGAUUAUAGUGGAAAAAAUACUAGUUUUAAAAUGACAACCAAAUCGGUUGUAUCGCAUGAUCGUUCAGUGGUGAAUAAAUUUCUUAAAAAUCAUCCAAACGAAUCUCGUACCGUACAAAAAGUUGAACAAUAUCUUCGAAAACGAGCAUUGGAAGAUGAGAUAAAUCCGAUGGAAUUUUUCUUUGAAUCAAAUACGAUGAUAAAUUCAAUGGCUAAACCUAAUGAAACUUCACAAACAAGUAGUGGUAUCAAUAAGAAUACAUCGAUUUCGAUUGAUGGUACCCUUAUAUAUCAAUUUAUCAAAGAUGGCUCAGUUGAUUCAUUUUUACGAUCGAUCCAUCAAGGUAAGGUACAGAAUAGUCGACAUAAAAAAUUUUUCGAAAAACAACAACAUGAACAAAUUGAAACCAAUGUUACUGGUGAAGAGGGACAACAUCAUUUUGGACCUAUAAAAGAUGAAGAUCAACAAUAUGAACUAUUUAUUCAUCUAUCAAAAUUAUAUGAAGAUUGUUUAAACAAAAAUAAACAAGAUAAAUCUGAUGAAAUGAUUGGACGAUAUAUUUAUUCUGUUUGGAUACCUGAGGCUAUAAUCAAAGCAAUCAGCAAAAAAUAUCAAGUAGACUUGAAAAAAGCAGGACAAUUAUUCGAUGAAGAAUGUUUUGCAUCCAUGCAAAAUUCAUACCGUAAUAGUAUAGUCGAUUAGAAUGUUUUGAAGAUUCAUCUAUUCAGUUUUUUUUUCAUCAUUAAUUUCAUUAUAUUCUAUCACACAAACACAAACACACAUACAUGACAUUUGUUUU